CCGCAUGAAUUUAAAUCUCGUCGACUGCUCCUUUUAUUUGACAUGCCGGUGCUUAGGAGGAGGGCUGCUCGUCCCUCUUGGGCUUCGAAGGAGGUGACUGACGACACGGUGGCCUUUUUGAAAAAGAAACACGUGUACCAUGAGACAAUUGCUGCUCUCUCCAGCGAGGAGGACGAAGAGGACAAUGAAGAACAAGAUGUGAAGGAGGAAGAGAAGCCAGAAGAUGAAGAAAAACCAGAUCCCAGCACGCUGAUUGACGACGACCUUAAAGCCGCAUUACUUGUGCAUGGCAUCAAAGCCGGACCCAUAGUGGACUCCACCAGGUCCUUGUAUGAGAGGAAGCUCAGGAGGCUCCAGGCUGGUGGACAGGAAACAUCAAACGUAGCAGAGAUCAUUCUGUUGUGUUCUGACAGUGAGGACUAUGAAGCAGGCCGUGAUGGAGCAGAACAAGAAAGCAGCCAGAAUGGACGUUAUGGUUACCCACAAUGCUUUUUACCUUCAUCCAAACUGCGUCCUGUAACUUACGCCUCCCGGCAUGCUGAAGUCAAGCAGACUUUGGGGAGAGUUGCCAAAUCCUCAAUGCAAAGUAUUCACAUUGCCAAGGGAAUGAACAGAGCAUCAACUUUACAUCAACACUCCGCAUUAGAAACCAAGGUUCUGGCUGAAUCAAUCCAGACUUCUCCCUUGCCAACGAGGAACUUCAGCAUCACUCAAAUGGUUGAAGAGAAGGAGAAUCGGAGGUCAGAGGUGAAAGAGAGUGAAGUACAUGAGCACUGGUCUCCAUCCAACAGGUUGGACACGAUGGCAGCUGUUGAUGUGAGGAGGCGGUCCCAAUACUGCACUCCAAUGGUGUCUCUUUCUACAAGGAAAAAGGACCCAGUGAAAACUGCUUUCAAGGACAUUAAGACCGCACCCACAGUGACCAACGCCACGUGUCGUAGGCCCAUCAAGGGUGCAGCAGGGAGGCCUGUCCGGUUCACCUAUCCUAAAACACCAGUCAGUCCUACCACGCAGGAGAGAAGGGAAGUGGAACGCCGCUUGGUCCCCAUCCAGAUCCAAUUUGUGGCGUUUGUCUUAAUCGCCCUGCUGCUGUUGAUUGUUGAAGAUGAGCCUCUGAGUCCACUCUUGGCGUGGAUGUACAAAUUGAUGCAAGGCUUUGGUAGUGAGGGGGCGGACAUGCAGGGGGAGCAAGCCGUCUCAGGGCAGGACUAAAUUGUUUUUUGUUUGUUUUACACUUGUAAAUAUAUUGGUCGGUAUACACUCUUGUGGGGUAAAUAGUACACUUUUUUUUAAGGUUUAUGUAUUUGGUGCAAAUAUUAAGUUAUAUUUGCUAAUGUAUUUUUUUUGUCUUGUGUAAUUGUCAUAUUUUAAAAACCUGUUUCAAUAAAGCUAUUUUUCUUCAUAUAGUACCUGUAAUGAACUGUGCACAGCAAGCAUGUAUGUUUAUAAAACUAGGACUAGAUUUUAAAAAGCAAUGACCAAAUUGGAAAAAGAAUAUACAUUAGUGUAUUUUUUUUUUUUUGUAUUGAUACUCUUUAUAUUUCUGCAUGUAUUCCCUUUAAAUUUUGGCACUCCUGUGAUUCCAUAAUGUCUUAAAAAUCACAAUUGCUGGGUUACCAACGGGGGAUAGGGCGAGGCUUUGGGGUGUCGGGCAGUCGACCACUGUGUGUGUGUACUUUAUUUAUUUUAGUUAUAUUUUGGGGAGGGGGAGCAUAAAGGGGUUUGCUCCGUGCGGUCUGGUGCUGGGUGAUAUAUCUCUGCUGCCCGUGCCUCCACUGGGUGGGUGGAGGGUGUGCCUUUCCUUUCAUGCAUUCUCAGUGACAAUUACACGCCCACACAUUUCUGCACCUUUACAUAUAUAUGAAGUCUUCCCCACAUACAGAGAUACCUGUACAUAUGCACACUCACAGUACAUACGUACUUCCCCACAUUACUCAGAGUUAACCAGGGUGUUAUGUUGUUGGUUUUAUUACAGCAACGGUGAUAUCAACAGUAUGAUUAUAGUUUUUUUUACAAUGUUGUGCAUUACAGUAAUUAUCAUUCUGUUCACUAUCAUAAUCAUUUCAUUACAGUUGUGUGACUGUUUCAAUGCAGUAUUGUCAUUGUGAUCACUAUCAUAUUUCAUUACUACAGUUAUGUGUGACUGUUUCAAUGCAGUAUUGUCAUUGUGAUCACUAUCAUAUUUCAUUACUACAGUUAUGUGUGACUGUUUCAAUGCAGUAUUGUCCUUGUGAUCACUAUCGUGGUUCAUCAUUUCAUGACUGCUAUUAUGUGUGAUUGUCAUUGACAGCUUUGUCAUUGUGGUUGUUGAUAUUGUUUUGUCCUUAUGUCCUUGUUCGUCUUUAUAGUUGUCACAUUAAUUUGCUGAUGUACUGUAGUUCUGUAUGUUUCUGUUGUUCUGUUCUUGUUGUCACAAUUGUUGUUGUUGCUGCUGUUGUCCUUGUCUCUUGUCUCUUUUUUUUUUUUUGCCCCCCCCGGUUUUCUUUUCUCUUUUUCUCUGUCCCCUCCUGCUCCGGUCCGGUCGCUCCAAAUUUGCUCCAAAGUCAAAUAAAUUCUGUAUAACGGGAAUUGUAUAUCACACUUUUCCCUGGCAGAGUAAAUCUGUUGAGCACUUGACGGCAUUUAGAUCUACAAUUCUAUCUGCUUUAAAGGCUGGACAGGACGGGUAAAAAAAAAAAAAAAAUUACAAUUGCUAUUGUAUUGUUUUUACGUUUUAAUAUUAACAGUGGUUAACUUAUUUUUACACUGGUAUGAUUAAAACAGGAAGCAUUUGUCAUUUUUUUUUAGGUUUUCCAUAUUUAAUUCACAAGGGUGCAAAGUGUGGCCCGGGUGCCAUUUGCAGCCCGUUUUUAUUGGGCUGUAAACCAAACUGUAAAAAAUAACACAGAAAAAAGGCAAUGUAAGUAUAUAUUUUUUUGCCUUGUUACAGAAUUUUAAAAAAUAUCAAAGUGGACCCCACAUCUUUUGGUUUUUCAGUAUGCGGUGCUCAGUGGAAAAAAGUUUGGACACCCCUGAUUUCAUUUAUUUUUUUAACUUUUUGCACAAUUAAGUAGGAGUGUCAAGUUCUCGUGAGAAUAAAACUUGACAGGAUUUGUCAUUCAAAAGAAAAUUGUCUCAUGGGCACUCGGCCUGGCACGAUAAUUGCUUUAUCCAAGUCUUUUAAAUGGCUGUCCAAACAUUUGGAGCACACUAGUGAAAUAAAUUGAUAAUUAUUAAAUAAUUGAAGGCUAAAGCUGGUUUAUACUUUGACUUAGCAUAAAUCGCUAAACUUUCCAACAUUAAGGAGAAUUCAAGAUUCA